UUUAUUCAUUAUACAAGUUUUUUUUUAAAAUGGCUCUCUACAGAUGCACCAUGGCUUCGGUAGCGACGGUAGCUCCCACUGGGUCUGAGUGUCGCCAGCCCCUCCCCCAGGAGACCAUUGCAGUUGGCCGCCCCCUGCUCCUUGGUAACCAUGUGCCACCGAAAGGCUGUGAUCGAAAACACUGAUAUGUCGGAGGAGAUGCAACAGGACUCGGUGGAGUGUGCGACUCAGGCAUUGGAGAAAUAUAACGUAGAGAAGGACAUUGCAGCCCAUAUUAAAAAGGAGUUUGAUGAGAAGUACAACACCGCUUGGCACUGCAUUGUGGGGAGGAAAUUUGGUAGUUAUGUGACACAUGAAACCAAACACUUCAUCUACUUCUACCUGGGCCAAGUGGCCAUUCUUCUGUUCAAAUCUGAUUAAAAGCAUGGACUAUGUCACACACCUAGUGAUCAUCCAAAACCAAGGACUGCAGCCUAAAUUCUUCAGCCUUGCUUAGGGGAACACCUCGAUCUUUGAACCUUUAUUGUGGUGUUUUGUACAGGGCAGUCUCUGUACAAA